GAUAAUAACUGUAAAAUAAUAAAAUAUAUAGAAGUGUUCUAAAAUUGUAUUUGUCAUAGCUUAUAAAUUAAACUUACCAACAUAGUAUGUAAUCUCAUAUGAUUGAUAUAUAACAGUCUUAACAGAUUUAAGUAUGUCAACAGAAAAUGUGGUAGAUCAACUAUGCAAUAAACAAAUCAAUGUUAUAAAUGAAGACAAUCUUUCAGAAAGUUAUAAAAUGUCACUUUUAGAUAAUGCACACUCUUCUGAAAAUAUAAACUGUGCUGAUAAAUUAAAUUUGAAUAAUACUCAAGGAAAAAAUAAUUUUAAAACAUCUACUAUGUUAACAAGUACAGACAAUAACAAAAUAACUAAUACUAUACAUGACUCAAAUCAAUUAAAUCAAGAAGAGUGUAAAUUUUUAAUAGAUAAAAUAAAUUCUAAUGAAACUAAUUUGAAUAGUCAAGAUGAAAACUUAUUAUUAGAAUUGGUGAAAAGAAUGAACGAAAAUGUUAGUUCAGAAGUAUUAGAAAUAGAUACCCAACAAUUUAUGGAAUUAAAUUUAUGCAAAGCUGUCCAACAACUAAAUGAAAUUUCACCAUCAAUAAAUUUAAAUAGUACUAAGACACAUACUAUUAAACAAAUAGAUUUAAACAUUUCAACUGUAAUUCCAGCGCUACCUUUGAUUAAUGAAUUCAUAAAUUCGGAAACAAAAAACAAUAAUUCAAUUAUUGUUGAUGAUUCAAAGAAAUCAGAAAAGUUCAAUCAUCCAUCUUCUAAAACUGAUCCUGAAUUUCCUAUUCAAGAUCAAUAUGUUGAAUUUUCGGAUGAAGAUCAAGAUGCAGAAAUAAUUGCAUUUCGAGCUAUGUGUGAAGCAAUGUUAAAAAUUGGAACGAUUGAUAACAAUAUAAAAGAUGAUAAUAAGAUAAUUGUGAAUACAAAUAAUGAAAUAAACAACCUUGAUCUUAAACAAAUGAAUCGUAAUGUGAGUUGUGUAAACAGUAUGGAAUAUGAACCGAGUACAUCUAAAUUAAAUUCAAGUGCUAAUGAUAUUUCAAAACAUUUAAAACGAAAAAGACAUCAAAUCAAUAAUUUAAAGAUCUAUUCAUCGGAUGAUAGUUCACCUGAAUAUUCUAAUGAACUUUCACCAAAACAAUAUAAAUAUAAAAGCAAAAAAACAAAAAGUACUUUUUUACAGAAAAAUUUAAAAAUUAAUUCUAAAUGUAACUCAGCUAUUACUGUAAAUCAACCAGAAAAUGUAGAGAAAAUCAAAUUGUCUAAUUUAACAUAUGAAGAUAAAGAGCUUAAUUGUAUGAUAAUUGAAAAUCCACUGCCAAAAGUUCAAAAUGUUCAAAAUGAUUUGAAGUACAAAAAAAUAAAUGAUGAUUCAUUGAAACAAAACAAUUUAUUAAAAGAAAAUCAGACAAUAUUUUAUUAUUCACCUGCUGGAAAAGUGCACAAUGAUAUGUUAAAUUUUAUUAAAAACAAAGAUUGUCAUUAAAUUCAAUGA